AUGUCACAGCUACUCACGCGACCGAAGCGGCACAGGUUUGCAGCAGAUGAGGACUUGAGCGAUGAUGAUGAGGAACAAAAUCACCAAAUGAGACACGCAGGAUACAUAAAAAAGCUAACCCUCAAAAAUUUUAUGUGUCAUGAUCAUUUCGAACUAAACUUUGGAAGCCGUAUGAACUUCAUCAUUGGGCGAAAUGGAUCAGGUAAAAGUGCCGUGCUUACCGGAAUUUCUGUGGGGUUGGGUGCGAAAGCUACAGACACCAAUAGAGGGUCAUCUGCGAAGAGCCUCAUCAAGGAUGGGAAGUCAAUGGCAAGAAUUCUUGUGGAGAUUGAAAAUGAUGGUGUAAAUGCAUAUGAGCCUGAAAUAUAUGGUAAGUCCAUCUUUGUUGAAAGAAAGCUUACGCGCGAAGGU